GAAGCUGUCAUAUAAAAGAUAUGGGUAUAAAAUAAUCAAAAAUUUCAGCUCCGUGGAACAUUCAAAAUUGCAACACCUCCCAUUAUUUUUGGCUACGAGAGCGCACCAAAGGCAUCCACAUCAGUAAUUCCAGAAAUUAUCCGACUAAUGAAGAAAGACACUGCUUUUCUUACUCUUCGGAUUACAACAAGUCUUUGCAAUUUGGGCGGGCUGCGAUUUUAUAACCAGCCAUGGGAUACUGAUGGCCAUAUUUUGCGACAUUUAAAUAAUUUCGUAACAGAAUAUCUCAAUGUAUUUCCAGCAAGAAACCUGUCUCUCACUUUCAUAGACAGUACUGGGAGACAUAAAUGUGUAACGGAGUUCCUUCAGCCUCUGCCCCUGCCAGAGAUUAGAUUAAGCGAUACAAAAUCAAUGGGACCUUCUUCAAGGAGUUCUAUGCCGAAGAUACAUGCUUUCGACCUAACCGAUAUAUCGCAAAUGGUGAAUUUAGCUCUUCGCUACGUAUCGUUAAUUCCUACCUAUGAAGUUAUUCAAACUCAUGUCGUUACUCUUCGUGGGAUCGAACUAUUGAAAGUUCUUUAUGGAUCGCCGCUAGACCAUACCUUAAUUUUAGCGAGCUACUUAAUUGCGUUAGGUAUCAAAUGCUAUGUGGCCAUAGGUUACGGGCUGCCUCGAGGUCUCAGUAGUUAUGUUUUGCUUAAAAAUAAUGGUCGUAGGAUUGUAAUGGCCUCCGAUAGAGAAAAAACAGGGUUUUUUAAUAAAGAAGAAUAUGAUGUAUCCGUUUUCGACGCAGUUAAUGGUGAAAAACACGAUAUAAGGGAUGUCGGUUGUCCUCUGAAAACCGUUAAUUUUGUAUUUGAUCAUGAAAAUAUUUGGGUGAAUAUACAAUCAUAUCAAGAUUGUGAGAAUUUGUCGUUCGAUUUUACGAAAACUUCUAACUGGCGAACGGUUUUUGAUAAAACUACAUUUGUAUUAAAACAAACGGCUCUCACGACUUACAUGUACAACCCACCGUUUGAUGUAACAGACUUGAGAAAUAAUUUGGAAACUAAAAUUAAAGAAAAAAUACAGAAAUGGAGAUGGAAUGUCAAAACUGUGUGGAACAGGUAUUUAAGCAACAUCCUGCGAGAAUCUUUAACACACUGGGAAUAUUGGAGUUUUAAUACAAAUGACGUAAAACCUGCACCCGGUGACACAAUGAAGCAAUUAAUGGCUUCGUAUAAGAUUUUUGGAUUCCCGAUAAAUAUACCCUACGUCAACACAAAAUCGGUGAUAUCAAGGGUAAAAUCUACAAUGAUACACGUGAACGACGACCCUUACGCCGAAUUCGGGUUGGCCGUAGAAGUGUACGCCUAUCCUAAUAAUGUUUUAAGUGUGUGGAUAUUUCUUGCCAGCAUGUCUAGAAUAUAAAAAAAAUAUUUUAAGUUCGGUGUUUAUUGGAUUCAUUCACAUUAUUAAUAUGUAAGUAACUCAACUUUCGCAUAAAGAUUUUGGUGGCAAAAACAAAACCGUAAACAAAGCUUAAUAUUUCGACGAAGGGAGGAACAAAAACGCUUAUCAGAAGAGCAAUAUAAAAUUUAUUAUUAAACUCAUCGGGAAUCUUAAAUGAAUUCAUUUAAAUAAUAUAGAGAUUGUAUGUCUUUUGUUUAAUGCUAACAAAAUAAAAUUAAUAUUUCAUUGCUGUAUAAAAAAUACGUAAGUAGAAAAAAAGAUGUUAUAAUACGUGUCCACAGAGACCGAUACGCUUUGAUACCGACCACAGACGUCUACGUCCUCACGGGUAGACAACAUACAGUACCGCCUUACUCUACGCCCGACUUAAAGUAUUACACACGAAAGAGAAUGUGUAUUUAAUUAUUAAUUCGUUGAAUCUGUGUAAAGUAAAACAUUUUCUGCAACGGCAUUCGAAUGAUAAUAAUUCAAAACACAUUCAUGAAUAUUUUAUUAAAACACCAGAAUAUGUUAUUUACAAAAAUAAUUUUUCUAUAUCCAGAUAGGUACAAAUAGCAACUAAUUAUCUAGCGCUUAUAUUUAAAUCAAAAAUAUCAUUAACUCCACCAGACAUGUCCAAUUUCUCAUUAAUAUUAAAAUGUUUAAGACGAAUAGGAUUUUGAAAUGAAACCGCGACAUGCGAGCGAAUGCAAUUAUUCAAGAUUCAAAUAAAAUAAUUACGACUCCGAUUUAUUUUAACUUGACAAAUUUUAUGAGUCCUCAGUUCGACACAAGAAAUCAUCUUUUGGUUCUGCUUUAUAAAGUUUUAAGAUUAUAGACCUAUUAGGUUAUUGUAACGUUUAAGCGACGUGAUUAGUGUAUUGCGUUGUUAAUGUUGUGUUCUACUGGCUUCGAGACGAGGACUUUUUACUACAAUUGAAAUGACAUAACGUCUGUCAGGUGUCGGUCUUUAUACAAGGCAAUGUCAGAAGCUACUGUCACAUGGCCUGAAUAGAUCUGACGAUCUCG